AUGUUGCGGAUCCGCAGAUAUCGAGCACUUCUUAUUUUUGCUGUCUUUAUAACAGCCAUUCUCAUUCGAUUUACACAUAUACGGGAUUGGGAAAGCUAUACUGUGGGAAGCCCUGUUGAUAUCCCCGACUCGAAAUAUGCAUCAGAGAAAGAUAAACCAUACACAAACGGACCAAUUGGGGUACAACCAACGGCACCGGAGACUCUGAAGGAAGAAUCAGAAGUAGUAUUGAAGCCUGCGAAGGAAGAAACUACAUCGAUAGUAAAGGCAGCAGGGAAGACAUCCACGACAACCAGUGAUACAUCAACUACCUCGAACGUUAUUGCGAUACAAACAGUCGAUACGACUUUGCCGAAAUAUACUCUUCCCGACAGAAAACCACCAAUUCAGGGAGAUUACGAUGAUUCGGGUUUCGAAGAUCUUCACCCCAUUGCGCCAGAUGGAAGACAAGACUUACCUAUUUUCUCAGCAGCCCCUACCACAAUUCAUUGGUCUAAGCAAGCAGAACAUUUUCCAGUACCUACCGAGAGUAUCAUAAAUCUGCCAACUGGCGUGCCAAUCUCAAUUCCCAAAAUUCAAUAUGUUUUCAAGGACGAGACAACGGACGCAAAAAUAAGCCGAGAGAAGAGGCAAAAUAAAGUCAAGGAGGAGUUCUUGAAGUCCUGGAGUGGAUAUAAGAAGUAUGCAUGGGGACAUGAUGAACUUUCCCCGGUCUCUUCUAAAUUUCGAGACCCGUUUUGCGGCUGGGCAGCAACCUUAGUAGAUGGUUUAGAUACUUUAUGGAUUAUGGGACUUUUCGAUGAAUUUGAGGAGGCUGUCAGAGUCGUCGAAAACAUCGAUUUUACAACCACCCCACGAAUGGAUAUACCUGUAUUUGAGACUACCAUCAGAUAUCUAGGCGGUCUUUUGGCAGCGUUUGAUGUUAGCGGAGGGAAGUUCCAAGUUCUCUUGGAUAAAGCUACUGAAUUGGCGGAAAUUUUGAUGGGCGCUUUUGAUACACCAAACAGAAUGCCGAUACUCCACUAUCAAUGGAAACCAACCUUCGCUUCUCAAGCUCAUCGUGCAAGUCCCAGGGCUAAUCUGGCCGAGCUUGGAUCAUUGUCUAUGGAGUUUACCCGUCUUGCACAACUUACCGGUGAGCAACGUUACUAUGAUGCUGUAGCUCGAGUCACCAACGCCCUUUCGGAGUGGCAAGAUCGUGAUUCAACCAAGGUCCCUGGAGUUUUCCCGGAAGAUGUCGAUGCUGCAGGUUGUAAUCGUACAGCAACUCUUUUGCAACAAAAGGCAAAGAAAGAGGCUGCAAUGGCAAAGGAGACUGCUCUCGGCAAUCCGCAAACAGCAGCACUUUUGGAGGAAUCCCCUGAAGGAUAUAAGCCUCCCUCGCCAGAGUCGGUAAAGGAGCUUAAGCCAAAGAAAAUUCCCUCCAAGGGAGGCAACAUGUUGGAAAUGCAAGUUCUACCUGGUGAGCCUGGAAAGGCUCGUAUCCAGGGAUGGGAGGAAGGAAAAGCGAAGAAAAGAGAAUUGACAGAAUCGACCGAGUUGGCUGGGUCAACCAAGGUAUCUUCAUCACCACCACCAGUAGCACCGGCAGUUCACCACCUCACAGUUUCAAAAACUGGUAGUGGUCUUAGCCAUAAAGUUCCGCCGGAGCUUACAACAGUAGGAUCAGUUAAUGAGUGGGACUGCGUGAAGCAAGGUCUUGAGUCGUAUAAUCAAAAUGGUAGACAGAAGUUCUCAAUGGGGGGUGGACAAGAUUCUACAUACGAGUAUUUCCCAAAGCAAUAUAUGCUUCUGGGUGGUCUUGAAGAAGUCUACCGAAAAAUGUACAUGAAGACCAUCGUUUCCAUACGUGAGCAUAUGCUCUUUCGGCCUAUGAUUCCGGGAGAAGAUGACAUUCUCAUCUCUGGAAAAGUUACAAGUAAUGGCAUACAAGAUGAGAAUCUAUUGAUUCCAGAGAUUACGCAUUUAACAUGCUUUAUUGGAGGCAUGGUUGGUAUGAGCGCAAAGAUUUUUGGCAUCGAGGGGGAUCUCGAGAUUGCAAAGAAGCUCACUGAUGGCUGCGUCUGGGCUUAUGGUGCAACCCCAUCAGGAAUUAUGCCUGAAGGGUCAGAAGUGAUUGCAUGCCAAGAUGCCGAGAAUUGCGCCUGGAACCAAACUCUCUACUAUGAGUACUUGGAUCCUUCGGCCGCCUAUAGAGACUCCAAUCUUAAGGAUUAUAUUGAAAACAAAGAGAAGCUUGAUGCCGAAGUAAAGGAUAUGGACCUAAAUCCCACCGACGCCGCACGUGAGCAGAAUGCUUUGGCGAAAGCAGAGGCUGUGGCGGAACCUCAAGGGUACGUCGGCCAAAAAGAGAUAGUUACCGGUCUCUCUUCAAAGGCAAAGACUGGAGAUACUCACCUAGUCAGUGGAUCAGGGUCUAGUUCAGGUGAUGCAACAUCUUCAGAUUCUGGAUCUCCGAAGAAAGAUUUGUUAGAGACCAGAUCUGAUGCAGUUGCCUUCAAGCCAAAGGAGAAACCCGCUUUGCUCACAAAACGCCAAAUCAGUGCAGCCGGUACUUUGGAUGGCCCUGAAAAAGAGAGUAUGUUGAAGCAAAAGUCUGCAAACACAGAAGCGGAAUUGGAAAGUUUGACCGGAGGUCGUCAAUUGGAAAAGAGUACUAGUUCACAAAAAUCACUUCCUGCCGAAACAUUACCGGAUCCGUUACGCCCACUUUCCCACAAGGAAUAUGUUGAAGCUCGUAUCAAACAAGAAUCGUUACCACUCGGAUUUACAAGCAUCCAUGCCAGGAAGUACAUUCUCAGACCCGAAGCUAUUGAAUCUGUCUGGUAUAUGUACCGCAUCACCGGUGACAAAUCCUGGCAAGACAAGGGUUGGAAGAUGUUCGAAGCUGUCAUCAAAGCAACGUCUUCUAAAUACGGUCAUUCGGCUAUUUACGAUGUUACUUCUGAACAGUCAUAUCAGGUGGAUGAGAUGGAAAGUUUCUGGCUGGCGGAAACGCUCAAAUAUUUCUAUCUUCUCUUUUCAACACCAGAGACUAUCAGCUUGGAUGAUUGGGUUUUGAAUACCGAAGCGCAUCCUUUCAAACGCCCUACAGCUUAA